GAUUCUUAUAAAUGGACUAACUCAUAUGAUCCUAGCAAACAGCUUCAAUCCAUUUUGCCUACUCAAACUCCUACCCAAACUCCAACUAUUACUGAAAUGCCAUCCUCCUCAACUAGUAACGUUGGUGCAAUUAUUGGAGGCAC